GUUUAUUCCAUGUGCGUACCAUGGGUUAACAACAGAAAGUGACGGGGAACUGGAGAGAGGUGCAGGGCGAGGGAGGGAGCAAGAGGAAGUGAAGGAGGUGUCAGCCCAGCCAGUAACCAGGCAGCUCUCUAUAAUGUGCUGGCACUCAGCGGUAACUGCAUCUCCGGCAGGAGGGUCCCUGUGGGUUUUGUAGACUCUCGGGAGAGUCUUAAAGCCGAGCAUUUGAAAUUUCAGCCCGGGCUUUGUCACACAUGGCGAAGGGGCGGGAACACAAACAACCUCAGCAACUAUAAAUCCGCUGCCGAUCCCGGUGGGGUCAAUAGAGGGAAAGUUUCUGCUCCGAGCAGAUCAUCUCCCAAGUCGUCGGAGGACGGAUCUAUACACCACCCACUUUGAGAGUGUGCACAAGACACACUUUAUUUUGCCGAUUAACACUUCGUUCCGAUUGCCGAGGCGGGCUGCAGCGCUGACCAUGCAUUUGGAAGUGGUGCUCCUGACUGUUUGCCUCUACGACGCCGUGAGCUCCUUCAAUUCCAACGCCAUCAAGACGGGCAGCGGAGCGGUUCAUCCGGCCAGUGUCACCCCCCAGGUCUCCGUCCACCACGGAGCCAAGAACCACGCCAUUGAACAAUUCCAGUUCUCCGUCUGCCUGGAUGACCAGGACUGCUCCGUCGACCAGUUUUGCUCCGGUUCCAGUCCCGGCGGGCAGCAUUGUCUGAACUGCCGACGGCGCCGUAAACGCUGUGCCCGAGAUGCAAUGUGUUGCCCUGGGACUCGAUGCAGCAACGGUAUGUGCAUUCCCAAUGACGGGGAACACAUCCACGGAGAGAUCGAGGAGACCAUAGUGGAGAGUUGGGGCGCCGACCAACAGCACGCUACUGUGGGCACACACCCACGGAGGACAACGCUCGCCGCCAGGUCUCACCCAGACAAAGGUCAAGAAGGCGACGUGUGCCUUCGAUCCUCCGACUGUGUCCAGGGCUUGUGCUGCGCUCGACAUUUCUGGUCCAAGAUCUGUAAGCCGGUGCUGAGGGAGGGACAGGUGUGCACCAAACACAAACGCAAAGGCUCGCACGGCCUGGAGAUAUUCCAGAGGUGCGACUGCGCCCAGGGUUUCUCGUGUCGGAUGCAGAGAGGAGGAGGUCCGGGUCCCGGCAAGAGCUCUAGGCUGCACACCUGUCAGUGACCCUCUACCUCCCAGCCCACCCCCGGUGAGGAAAGGACCUCUGGUGGGGGCAAGACUUCGGUUCGCGACCAGCCGCCAGCCACACUCCCUCUUGCAGGCUUCAGAGUGGAAGUACCUCGGCAUCUUUCAGAACUCGAAGUGCAUUAUUUUUUGUUCCCUUUUCAGGAACUAUGUAGACUGUAACGCUUGCAGUAAAUUACUGUGUUGUAAAAGAUUCAGUCUGGCACUUACGCUGUAAAUACUUGACUAACCAGUGUUGUCAAAAAAUGUUAAAAGGCCAUUCUCCCAGUUCAGUCAGUGUUGUAAAUUCUUCUAUAUUAUUGCUAACGAGUGUAUGUGGCAUAAAUUCUCUAUAUUUUAACCGAAAUAAAGAUG